CAAUGAUUCUUCUGUUCGUAUGAAUCAAAUGGAAUAUAAAUUCAAACUGCUUAACCCUGCUGUAGCUGUUAAAGGUGGAAACACUAUAAUGGACAGAAAACAAAAUGGUUAUUCAAAUGUACAAAAGAAAAACCGAAACACUGGCCAAGUAGAGCGAAGGCAUCGAUAUGAUGGUCAGAAGGGCAAACCAGAAGGGGUAGCUGUCAGUGUGUCAGAAAAAGGAGGACAACUGGUCCCCAAACUAUACCAUGCGUAUGCUUUCAUCUAUAAGAACUAUUUCAAAGAUGCCGACUGGUUUAUCAACACUGAUGACGACACUUACGUCAUCGUAGAAAACCUACGUCACUUCCUGUCAUCCAAAAACUCUAGUCACCCUGUGUAUUUUGGGUACCAUUCGAAAGCGUUUUUAGAACAGGGAUAUUUCAGCGGAGAAGGUGGUUAUGUUUUUAGCAAGGAAACGUUGCGCAGGCUGGUAAUAAUUGGCGGGAAACAACAACAAAGUUGCCACCAGAAUGGCGGAGAAAUGGAGUUUGAAAUGUGCCUCUCACAGUUAGGUGUCUACUCCGGCGACUCUAGGGAUGAGUUAGGCAGAACCAGGUUCCACUACUUCCCGCCCCACAUGCAUUUUAGCGGGAUUUAUCCUGCGUGGUACAGAAAGCUCAGCCGGGAAAAACAGAGAAAAGGAAUCGAUUCAAUUAGUGACCAUGCUGUCAGUUUCAAUACCAUGAGUCCAAACAACAUGUGGGCAAUGGAAUACUACCUAUAUCACCUUAGGCCAUAUGGAAUAGUGGCUUUAUUCAAAAGAGAAUAAAGUGCAGACAUAACAGACAUUAAUUUCACUGUCAGAUCAAGGAUGUUGCUAAGCGGAGGGCACAGAGGACUAAAAUUUGUCUAGGGUUGCCAAGAAUUAGUCAGUGAACGAGGAAAGUAGACGAUGAUAUGAAUAU